UCAAUGAACGGGAGAUCGAAAAAAUCUAAAACUAAAACGCGUUGUAAAACGUUCAAUUUAUGCCCGUGGUCAAACCGAGCGGUACAUAUAAAUAAUUGUCCGUACAUCGUAUUUCCCUUGCGCCGGAUGCUUUCAAUUUGAACGUUGUGGCACGGCGCAAGCCCGACCGCCACAUUACACCAAAGGACGCAGCCAAGUGAUAACCGCGGAUAUGUUUUAUCGAUAAAUUACGAAUUUUAGUACAAAUUAAGAAUAACUAAAAAAAAAAACAUUACUUAACUUUUCAAAAUAGAGAAAAAACAAUCGAAAAUGGAACGCGUGUUUCGAAAAUGAAAAUUUAUUAUUAGGAAACAUCGAUUCGUUCUUUUUUGUUCUUGCUUAUUUAUACUUUUUUUUUUUAAUACGUGGUAUCACUGACAUGUGAUACCAAGUGCAAGCAGCCACAACGGAGACAGAUAAGAUACAAACCAAGCGGCCGAAACGGAAGAGAAUAUCCGACAUGAGGGUUGACUUCCGCGGGCUAAAGUGUGCGACUGCACUCCGAGCCAAUCUCAAAUCUGCAAUGUACGAAAGCAGCUGCUCCUAUGCUGGGGCUUUGGAACUAAAACGCAGCGCACUGAAGGAGGAACCGUGGCCGGCAUCAGAAUGGCCACCCUAUCGCCUUCACCAAUCAACCUUCGAGCAAUUGAAGCAGAGCGUGGAGAAGGCCAAGGCGGCUCUUCAGGACAGGUCAGGCUUACUCGGGACGGCGACGGCUUUCGGUGACUUCUACGGAGGUCAGCUGGGCCAAGACGCUGGAGCUACACUAGGCUUCGGACGUGGCGCUCGAACAGAAGAUUCUAUGCUCGCAUCUGUGGACAAAGGCAAAACUGUUGGCAACGAUAAACUCUCUUCGGGGCUCAGUAAGGGGUACGCCACACCCACACUCUCAGACACAUUGCGCAGCACUAAAUGUACAGAUGCCUCAUACAAAAGCUCUUGGUCAACACACGCUACGUCACAGGGUUCUCAAGGAUAUGGCACGAAUUCUUUGUCUGCUAUGUCAAAGUCGACACUCGACGCGCACACACAUCUCAGACAGCCAGAUCCAUAUCAGAUGUUUGGACCUACGAGCAGCCGGCUAGCUAAUUCAGGAUCAGGACAAAUCCAGCUGUGGCAAUUUCUACUAGAGCUCUUGAGUGACUCCAGCAAUGCGGGCUGCAUCACAUGGGAAGGCACUAAUGGGGAGUUCAAGCUAACUGAUCCGGACGAGGUGGCAAGGCGGUGGGGCGAACGCAAGUCCAAGCCAAACAUGAACUAUGACAAGCUAAGCAGGGCAUUGAGAUACUACUACGAUAAAAAUAUAAUGACGAAAGUCCACGGCAAGAGGUAUGCCUACAAAUUCGAUUUCCAAGGGCUGGCUGCGGCCACCCAACCAGCCGCUAGCGACCCGGCUUACAAAUACCAGAGCGACCUAUUCAUGAGCUCGUACCAUCACUCGGCUAAGCUCUCAUCCUUCAUGGCUCCACACGCGGCCAUGCCUACGUCCACAGCAUCGAUAUUUCCGUCAGCAUCGUGGGGAAACUGGGGGGGCGGGGGCAGCAACCUGUACUCCCCCCACACUAUGGCACCACCGCACGUGACGUCACAUCUCGGCUCCUACCCCCAUUACGCAUGACCAGUUUUAUAAACUGAAAUGAGCACAUUGUGUUUUUGAUUACACUUUAAUUUUACGUUAUCUUUUACCAAGGGUGCUUCGAUGUUUUCUUUGUUCUACGAUUUUCCAUUUGUCUUAAAAUUAAUACCGAGAUAUAUUUUUCUUAAUUAAUUAAUUUGCAUUUACCGCAUACGGAUAAACAUACCGAUGCGAAAUGAUUGCGCGAAUAAUAAUAUACAAGGACUAGCCGUACUCGCCCGCUUCGCUGGGAAUUUAAAAUUAACAUUAUUAUUUAUUUUCAUUAUUAUUAGGGAGUCCAACACUCAUAUUAUUAGCCUAUCCAUUAAGCACUUGUAUUUUCUACAUGGAUACCAAGUUUCAAGUCAAUCGGAUGCAUGGUCAUGUUAUAACGGAACAUCCGUAAAAACAACUAUAGAUUUAUAUAUUAGUAUAGAUAACCUUUCAUUAUCCGUCUAAUAAUGCCGAACACUCAAUACCGAGUGCAUGUCCGCGGUAUUUGACCUAAAUGCACUAGCCACAGAUCAAUCUCCGCUGCUUACUACAUUUCCGCGAUCAAUGAAAAUGACCGCAUUCAUAUCGCACAAGUCUACACAUACGUCAUCUCAAUACAAAUACAAAUUAAGCUCACUCAAUACGAUUUGUACCAAAUAUUGAUUUAUAACUUAGAUUUUAUAAUUUCUUUGCUGUCGAUUAGUAAGGACAUCACUUAAGACGGCUUGAUUAUUUUGCCUUUUCCUUUUUGCAUAUAAAAAGUUUUGAGAUUUUAUUUACGAAAAAUCUCAGUUAUUUUAUUAUUAUCUAAUGCAAGUUUAUUUAUUGGAAACAAACUUGUACAGGACCUGUAUUAGGUAAGCUGUGUGCUUAGUGCGAGUUUUUUAACGUUCUCGAUAGCGUAAAAGUUAAGUCGAAUUUGUAUACCUACAGUUAGAACAAUGCUCCUAGCGGCAAAUGUUCCAACUCUAUACAAAUUCGAGUUAACUUUUACGCUAUCGAGAACGUUAAAAAAUUCGCACUAAGCACACUGAAGCGUAGGUAGGUGAAGGUAGAGAAUUUUUUUUAGGAAUUGGACUCAGACAAUGAAGUUUUUAGAUGAAUUUUAAGUUAUCUUCAAGCGGGUACAUAACAUACAGCCUUCACUAAAAGAGCAAUGUAUUGUACAUUGCUUAUGACAAGGAAGGCAUCGGAGCACCUUUAUUUUUAUUUGUAAACAUUUUAUUUAAAUUAUUUUAAUUUAAAUUACUCAAAAUUUAUUAUUUACAUGCAGUAACGACGUUCCAAGGCUAGUCUUUUUAUCAAAACAAAUUGUAAAUAAUAGAUACUCAUUAAAUUAAGUAGAAUUAUUUAUUUAGGAUAUUAUAAUAUAUCAAAGAAUAAUAAAAAUAUUGGGUACUGAAAACCGUUUGUAUAAUAUGAUGAAGGACUGUUUUUACAUUUUCUAAUGUUGGUUUUGCAGAUAGAUGACUUUAAUUAUUUUAAUGAAACAAAAAACCUACUUAAAUAUGAAACAAAUAGUUAUCCAUAAAACAUGUUUUAGCAAAAUCGAAAACAAUUUAUUGAACUAAUCAUGUACUCUGUACACAGCUAUAAUGAAUUAAUAAUAACGUACUUCAUUGGAAAAUGAAAAAAGAAUCAAGUGAUGGCGUUUUGUUCAGUAUUAUUGUAUGUAUAAAAUAUAUUUUAAAUUUUAAUAAGCAGAAUUGAAAAACGUAAGCCAAUUUUUUUAAUUCUAAACAUCAACCAAGCUCUUUCUUUUGCUGUUCUCUACAAUUAUUUUAUGUUAACAGGUAUUUAUUAUACUUAACAAUACUUACUAUAAUGUGAAUUUAUUUCUUAAACCAGUGUUUUACACCGAAAUAUUUCACUAUAAUAAAAUACUUUUGGUUAUUGAUUUAUUUCCAGUAACUCCGACAAAAAUGUAUUGCAUUUGAAUGAAUCAAACAUCCUAUGAAUUCGUUAAAUUUAUAAUUGCUUUGUUAUCAGUUAAUGAUUAAAUAAAAUCAGUUAAUUACGCAACAUUAAUGAGCGCAAUUAUAUGAAUGUGAGUACCGACUUAAAUAUUUUUUUACCAAAUUUUAUUCUAUUUUACUUUAUUUUACAUUGCUUAUACAAACUUCAUUAAUUGUAUUUCAUUAUUUUAAGGUAAACAUUUAUUCAGUAUUACAAUAAUAACUAAACCUCAGUAUUAAUGAAAGCAAUCAUAGUGUUUUAUAACUUUAAUGUGUCUAAUGUUAAUCCUUUGUUUGUAAGUGAAAUAAAGUGAAACCAAAUAUAAAUUUAAAUCGAUUAAGAAACGGAAAUAACUAGUUACUGAAUAUGCCAAAUUUGCCAUGCCGAAGAAAGAAGCCGAGCAUAGAACUAUGCCUACAUUAAAAAUAUAACUAACAUUAUUGACAAAAACUUUGUAAUCUUGUUUGCCAAUUUUCACGAAAUCUGUAAAUAAUUAGAAAAAGAUAAUUUUAAAAGUGCAAUCGUAAUGUUUUAAUCGUAAUAAAAAUUAGUUUUAAAACAUGUAUAUCUUGUCUACUUGUUUUAAGAUCUGUUUGUUUUUUUUGUGAUUUGUCUAUGAAUAUAUACCAAAGACUCAUAAUAGCCUAAAAGCCUGUUAUUUGAACAUGGUUUCUAAACUUAAAAACCUAUUCAUUCAGACUAGACACAAAAAUAUUUUAAUAAUACGUUUUUGAGUCUUUAAUCUAAAUAUGCUUAGUGCGAUGCACAUUUUGAGUGAGAUUAAUGAAGAAAAAUAUUGAAUAGGUAUUAAUUUAUUUGCAUGUAAUUUAUUUAAUUUUAUUUAUUCAAGUUACCAAAGUUUGUGAUUAAAAUAUUUUCAAGUCAACAUUAUUUACUUUUGUUUGUUUGUUUAUUUACAAAUAUUUUAUAGUUCGUCUUUUAAUUAAGUAAUUUUAUUCAACUACAUGUUCUAUAAUAAACAUAUUUUAGUCGUAGUAUACAAUUGUAUAGAUGUUAUUGUAUUUGAAAAUGAAUAAAAAGAUGAAAUGUC